GAUUUAACAUAAAAUUGAAAGUAAUAAAGUAGGCUCAACUUUCAAGUGUAAUGAGAAAAGUUUAAGAAUUUGUUUCUCAGGAACAAGUUAUUACAUGGAGUAAAGAAAGAGAAUUUCUUCUUUUACUUGAACAAUAGAAAUGGAGCUACUACUUCAACUGGUUCCAUCCUUUGUAAUUCUAAUCUAGGCGAUGCCACUCUCUCUAUUUCUAAUCCGCUAGACUAGAUUCAUUCAUUUCAGCUUCUUCUUCUGCUUCUGUGGUUUUGAUGAAUUGAAACUGAAGCUGUACAAGCACCAUUUGUUAUUGUUGGUGCAACUAUAGACGACAAGUCUGUUACCUAGACUCAUUUGCAACCACAAUUAGCAUUAGCUUUAACCACCAAAAAUGUCUAUCUUGUCAAGGUUACGUUGUAUCACUGUCGAUGUCACUGGUACGCUUAUAGCUUACAAGGGACAACUUGGAGAUUACUACUGUAUGGCUGCCAAAUCUGCUGGGUUGCCUUGCCCAGACUACAAACGCAUGCACGAGGGAUUUAAAAUUGCAUACACGGACAUGGCAAAGCAGUACCCUUGUUUUGGUCAUGCAGCUAAGAUGCCCAACAUUGUCUGGUGGAAGACAUGUGUGAGGGACUCAUUUGUUAAGGCUGGUUACGACUAUGACGAAGAGACAUUUGAGAAGGUGUUCAGACGCAUAUACUCAACUUUUGGUUCGGCUGCACCUUAUACCAUCUUCCCAGACUCCCAACCAUUUCUUAGAUGGGCAAGGAAACAGGGGCUCAUUGUUGGGAUUGUGAGCAAUGCAGAAUACCGCUACCAGGAUGUCAUCCUUCCAUCCCUGGGUUUGAACAAGGGAACGGAAUGGGAUUUUGGUGUGUUCUCUGGACUUGAAGGUGUGGAAAAGCCAAACCCAAGAAUCUACGAGAUUGCCCUUGAGAGAGCUGGAAACAUUCCCCCAGAGGAGGUGCUACACAUAGGUGACAGCAUGAGGAAAGACUACAUUCCAGCAACGAGUCUGGGGAUGCAUGGGCUGCUAUUGGAUAGAUUUAAGACCCCUGAUGCUAAAACCUGGAGGGAUUCAGGUGCACCCGUACUUCCUGAUCUAGAGGCUGCAGUAACUUGGCUUACUUCAGAAAAGGCAUAGAAGCAGAAUGUUGUAAACUUGAU